UUGCAAGACCGAGAGGACCAUCACCUUACAAGUGGGUGUUCUCCGAUUGCGUUCAGGGAAGACCACGCCCGCACUUUCAUUCACUCGCUCUAGUGGUUGGGAAGGAGGAGUCGUGCGAUUGCCGCCGAGGUUCACCGCCAGCCCAGGUCCUCGGCUCUGCAGUUGAGGUGUCAGAUUUCAAUCCUCCAGGGCCCGGGGACGUCUGGCUUGCACCGUGCGCCCGGCCACCGCCGCCUCCCAGCCUAGACUCGGGCAGCGAGCGGAGGGAGGUUCACUCCGAAAGCGGCCGCGUACUCGGCCUGCCUUAGACCCAGGCUGGGCGUCGCGACCGAGGCUGCUCCCCGGCUGUGCGGGCUGGGCGCGCGGGGAGGCGGCGAUCGCAGCUGGGCCGGGACUUCCUUCCUCCACCGCAGGACAACAAAACAAGCCGGCCGCAGGCACCGAGCUUUUGGCGACCGUCUGGGGCCGAAGGCGCAGGGAUGGGCUCCGUACUGAGCAGCGAUAGCGGGAAAUCUGCGCCCGCCUCGGCCACCCCGCGGGCCCUGGAGCGCCGGGGGGACCCCGAGCUGCCCGUCACGUCCUUCGACUGUUCUGUGUGCCUGGAAGUGUUGCACCACCCCGUUCGGACCCGCUGUGGCCACGUAUUCUGCCGUUCUUGCAUCGCUACCAGUCUAAAGAACAAUAAGUGGACCUGUCCUUACUGCCGGGCCUAUCUUCCUUCCGAAGGCGUUCCAGCAGCUGAUGUCGCCAAGAGAAUGAAAUCCGAGUUCCGGAACUGCACCGAAUGUGACACUCUGGUUUGCCUCAGUGAAAUGAGAGCACACAUAAGAACAUGCCAGAAGUACAUAGAUAAGUACGGACCACUGCAAGAGCUCAGAGAGACAACAACAAGGUGUGUAUGUCCUUUUUGUCAGAAGGAAUUGGAUGAAGACAGUUUGCUGGAUCAUUGCAUUACUCAUCACAGAUCAGAAAGGAGACCUGUGUUCUGUCCGCUUUGCCGUUUAGUACCUAAUGAGAAUCGAAGCAGCUUCAAUGGCAGCUUAAUAAGACAUUUGCAAGUCAGUCACACUUUGUUUUAUGAUGAUUUCUUAGAUUUCAAUAUAAUUGAGGAAGCUCUUAUCCAAAGGGUCUUAGACCGGUCACUUCUGGAAUACGUGAAUCACUCGAAUACCGCAUAACUGUAUUAAAAGAAAAGAGGAUAGCGUACAAUUGCACCAUUUUUUUUUAAGAUGCUGCUUGAAAAAUUGUAGGGAAGCUGUCAAUGUCUGAUGAGCAGAAAAGAGUACAACACAUUAUAUGUUUGUCCAUGUUUAUUGUUGUACUGCAUUUUAAAACUGCUUUCACUUUGAUGACUUAGGUCUGUUUUAAGUUCUUUAGUUUCUGAGACACUUAACAGCAAAAAAGUCUCCAUCUGCCAUUAAUACAUGAAAGAGAAUAUAAGGCUGAGUAUGUGGGUGAAGGAUCUUUAUUUGCAAAUCGGAUGACAUUGUGUGUAAUGUUACAUACUGAUAACUACUCUUAUGAUUGGACAAGAUAAUUAAUCUUUGUUCUAUGGAGAGUGAAACAAAGUGUGGAUACUCAAGGAAAUGUGAGAUCUGUUCCAGUGCUCAUGUUCUAACAACUAAUAGAAUGACACCCAUAACCUUGUAUGGGAGUAGGAAAGGAAAAUUUUGGAAGUCAACAAUGAUUAUUUAACCAAAUCUAUAACAUAAUACUGUAACAAUACUGUAAUUUCAUGUUAGGAAUGUAUACUUAGUGCUUUGACUUUUUAUAACUAUGCACAUAUAAGAAUUUAAUAUUAUAUUUUUCAAAUAUUUGUAGCUUAUUAUUUAGAAAUAUUUCUAUAAUAUAGGCAACUUCUUAAGAACCAUCAGCUGAGAUUUACAGCAGAAGUAUUCCCAUCCAUAAUUUUUAGUGGAAAAUCCUAAGGGCUUUGAUUUUUUUUUUUCCUUAGUUUUAUCUUUUAGAAAAAUUAAACAAAUACUGAAAACCAAACAGAAGAUGUAUAGCUUAUUUCAUUAUCGUAAGGAAACAGUGUUUUAGAACUCUGCCAGUCACCUUGGAUGUCCUCUGUGUGUCCUGUCAAAGUUAACAACCCUCUUCCCCAGCCCCGCAGAAGUAACCACUACAUUGAUUUUAACAGUACUCACUUCCUUGUAUUUCUUAGUUUAUCCCCCAAGUCUGUAUCUCUAUACUAGUUUUUAAUCUUACUCACUUAAAAUUGCUUUGUUAGCUAUAUCUCUUAAUGUCUCUUUUUAAUCUAUGGGUUCCCCCUUCUUUCUUUCCCUUAAAAUUUAUCUGUUGAAGAACCUGGUCUUAUACAUACCCAACUAUCUGUAUUUUGUUAAUAGCAUACUCAUGGCUCAAUUCAGCAUGUUCUUCUGUCAUCUGGAUAUGAUACAUGGAUCCAGAGGUUUGAGCAGACUCAGGUUCAACCUUUUGACCAGACUAUAUAGAUCAUGGUGUGUUAUUUCAACAGAGGGCAGAGAAUGUCUGGUUUGCUCUUUUUCUGAUGUCAGCUGAAAUGGAUAUGCCUAGAUCCACUGAUUUGUUGUGGGUUAGAGUUUCUGUCAUUUCUUUUUCAUUUAUUAGUUGGAACCUUUUUAUAUAUAAAGAGAUGUUCCCCCUGUCUACUGUUUGUUUAACCAGUGGUCAAGUUCAUAGAGGAAAAGAAAAAUAAAUACUUGAAUCUUCUCCUUGAUUUAUCAAUUUUCAGGCUUAUAAACUUGUUUUCUAUCAUCUUCUGUACAUCACUUUUUUAAGUGUAGUGAACUCAUGGAUUUAAACAUACUUGAUGGACUUUAAUCCAUGUUGAGUAUUGCCCUAUUAAAGCUCAAAUUGUCCUGUUUUUGGUCAUUGGGAGCCUUAUCAAGUUGACUCUGAGUCCUUUCGACACUACUCUAGCAGUCUUUAAUGGCUUCCUGUAGUCUCCUGUGACAAGUCUCCAGGCUCAACUUGUAUGUUUUUGCACCAGAUCUGGAAUCGGCCAUUUCUCUUAAGAAGCCUGGUUCCUUCAGUGAGAAACAGUGCUUCAAAACCAUAUUUGGGACUGUCAGAUUUGUUGUCGCUAGAUUGGUUAUUGUUUCUAGGAGAGAGCUAAGAAAUACCUUUUUUUCUCUAAGAUAGAACACUUUAUGAGUUAUUUUGAUAUUUCCAAAUCAAAUUAAGUACUGCAAGGUUUUUGCCUAAUCCUUUCUAUUACAGUUGUGUCUUUUAUUUUUCUGUACUGAGAGUCCAGAUUUUCAAGGACAUAGGAGUAUACCACGGUUAUUUGUUUUCUUCAACUGCCUUACAAAUGCAACAGUCUCAAAAUAAUAAUACUAAUAAACCACCACCAUUAUGAUAGCUGGAACAAUUAAAAAUGUUUUUCAUUUGUUCUCCCCAAUAUUCUAUUUUUAAAGUUGUACUAAAAAAUAAAUAAAUAAAGUUGUAUGAUAUAAACGUUUUCAGGCAAUUCUCUGGUGGUCCAGUGCUUAGGAUUCUGUGCUUCCACUGCCAGGGAUCCUUGUUCAAUUCCUGUUUGGGAAACUAAAAUCCCAUAAGCCACAUGGCACAGCCAAAAAAAAAAAAAAAACUCAGAAUAUACUGGUGUAAUCUACAAUACUCUCUCCCUUCUACCCUCCAUCUAGUCUUUAGUUCUUCAAGUAACUAUAUGCUUAGUGCUUGCCACCACUCCUUUGAUGGUUCCAUUUUUCAUAUUUGGCUCUUUAACAACAAGUCUGGAUAUGGAAUAUUUCCAUCUUGAAAGCAAGCAAAGAAGUUAUAAAGACUAGUGAUUUCAACUCAUGAGGAUAAAACAUUCUUUGAUUAUAGUUAGUUUCUUAAUUGUAAUUGUUUAUAAACUUUGUUUAUAAAUGUAGUCAUAGUCACGUUCCCCUAAAUUUUCUGUAGUAACUUUUCCAUUACUUCUUCAAAACCUUGUUUACUGUUCUGCCAUCCACAACAAGAUGAUGAGAAAUGCAUAAACCUGGAUGAAAUCUACAGGCUUUCUUUCCUCCCUUUUGCUUUUUUCCUUUAACUUAUUUGGCUGCACUGGGUCUUAGCCUCAGCACACAGACUUUCUAGUUGCAACAUUUGAACUCUUAGUUGCAAAAUGUGGGAUCUAGCUCCCUGACCAAGGAUCAAACCUGGGCCCUCUGCAUUGAGAGCACAGAGUCUUAGCUACCGCCAGGGAAGUAAUUUCCUCCUAUUUUAGAUACUGGCUCCAAGCUUGCUUUUCACAGCUGCUAACAACUGACAACAGAUUUGAAGUUUCACGCAUCUCUUCCUGCAGUUUGGAUGGGUUAUCCAAUAGAGCAAAACCUACUGGGCAACAAAGACAAAAGGAGAGGAACUUCCCAGAGAUAAUCAUUAGAUUGAAAAAUCUCGUCCCUGAAAAAUAAAAGAAUAUAUUUCCGAGUAUGAGUACUUACUAACCAGAAAAUAAAUUUUGGUUAAUUCUGAGCAAUACAAAGGUAUCCUUAAAUCUGUAAAACAUGAAAAAACUUCCAAACUUAAAAACUGUAUUGUAAGUAAAGCUUUAAGUCACCUGCCACUGUUAAACCUCAGUACAGCAAUUCUGCCUCCUGUCUUUUGGUUCCUCUUAUGAUAAGUUUACCCCCUUGUUCAGCCGCUGGUUUACGUCUGACUCUGCCACCCCAUGGAGUGCAGCUCUCCAGGCUUCCCUUCCUUCACUAUUUUCCGAAGUUUGCCCCCUACAGGACAAAUGAGGUGCUGGCCGCCGAAAUUAUUUUAUCUUUUGCAUUAUUUUGAGUUCUAAAAUAGUGAUGUGCAACUCUUAUUCAUUGUUUCACUGUGCCUUUAACUUUUAUUAAAAAAAUUUAUAAGACAUUGUUUUAAAAAAAUGAAAACCAGUAUUUGAAGCUUUUGAUUAAUAACAAAAAUCUUGUUCCUUUUUUUUUUUUUAAUGUUUCAAGGCCUUUUGAGGGAAAAACUGAUUCACAUGUGAUUCUUAAAAGGCUAAAGUCUUUAAAUCCUACAAAAAGCUAUGGAGAUUUUCCUUUAACGUGUUUUUUCUCCCAAGUUUCUAAAAUGUAUGUUGAGAAAUUGGAUUGCGAGUCUAUGAUGAAGAUACUUCUAAGUCAGAUCUCUGAAAAGGUCUUAGCUCAAAUGAUAUUGCUUUAUUACUUUUACUGGGUGCUAAAUGUCUUGUGUUUUCAAGUGAGCUUAACAACAGUUAUUAAACGUGUUUAACAUAUAAUUAGUACCUUCGAUUAGCAUUGAAGUUACUUUUAAAGGUCACUAAGAGAUUCAUCCUUUUAUUCAACUGCAAAAACUCUGUAUAAUGAUCAGAAUUUAAAACAUACAAUUCUUUUUCUUCUGUAAAUAUGUAUUAUUGUGAGAAAUAAAGAAUGGCAGGACCAUUGCUUUCAUUAAAAUA